AUGGGACUUCAUCACAGAAAACUCCUAUCAUGUGAAUUCUUCUGUCAUGAUGUAGAGUCUUGUACCACAAACUGUGAUGACUGUAUUAAUUACUGCUAUAGCCACCUCCCUCCACCACCACCAUCUUUUAACCACACCAAACACAAAACCUCCACUUACUUGAUCAUAGGUUUUUCUAUUGUAGCAGCUGUUUUCUCUGUUUUAUGCUGCUAUGCUAUCUAUGUCAAGUUUUUCUCCCGUAGGAACAGUUCAAGAAGAAGAACCUUGUUAACAAGACAACAGACAGAACAUGGUUUUGCUGUUGAUGAACAACAUGAUGAUGGUUCUGUUGUUGACCACCCCAUAUGGUAUAUUCGAACUCCUGGUCUUCAACAGUCAGUUAUUAACGCAAUCACUGUAGUUAAAUUUAAGAAAGGUGAAGGCUUGAUUGAUGGGUCGGAUUGUUCUGUUUGUUUGAGUGAGUUUGAGGAAGGUGAGGAUCUUAGACUUUUGCCUAAGUGUAACCAUGCUUUUCAUUUACCUUGUAUUGAUACUUGGCUUGGAUCACACACUAGUUGUCCUAUGUGUAGAGCUCCUAUUGUUGUUGAUCCUUUGAGGGUUCCAUCUAUGGAGCCUAAUGUUUUUGUCGAAAGUUCUCGGAUGGAGGAUUCGGGAAAUAACGGCAGAAAUGGAAAUGGAAUUGAAGAUAGUGUUGUUGAUCAGUUGAGAAAUGUGGAAGAAGAAGAAGAAGAAGCUGAGGUUGAGGAAAAUGAGAGUUCAAGGUUGGAGAUGGUAAAUGUGCAGCCAAGAAGAUCAGUUUCUUUUGAUUCUUCUUCUGCUGCUAAGAUCAGUCAUGCUCUCUCCAAUAAGCAAGAGGUAGGUGAAGUCAAUGAACAAAUUGUUUCAAAGAGGGUUGGUGGAAAUGGCAAUAUGGUAAAUAUGCAUAGUGCUCCUAGCUCAAUGGAUAGGUCAAGAUCCUUCAGUGGAAAACAUCUUCUAUCUUUGUAUAGCAGCAAUCAGAAGAAGUUAAAUGUUCCACCUAGAAGCUUUUGA